AUGAAGUUACCCCUUAUAUUCGCAGCAACCUGUCUGCUUGGGCUAGGUGGGGCGGAAGAUACGAAUGGCCAGACGAUUGUCACAUAUCCCAUACCUAGUGGUAUUACCCAGCGGACAACAUUCAAGACUACUGUCUCUCCCUCAGGCCAGGACAAGUGGAAGUCUGUAGAGGCCUACCAAGCGACGGUUGCCGAGGUCAACAUUACUACUGGAUCCUUCAUCUAUCAUGACACCUCGGUCGCAUAUUUCGACUUCUCCGCUCCCGUCGAUGUCUCGGUCGAGUACAUGGGCACCGACCCCAUCAAGUCUGUCCAAAUCCGCCCUUACUCGUACGGUAUCAAGCCGUUCACCAGAGACAAGAAGAUUUUGUUUACUCUGCCUGAGCCCCGAAACCUCGUCAUCCAGGUCAACAAUGAUAUCUUCGACUGCUUGCACCUCUUCUCCAACACCAUUGACCCAAAUCCACCUUCUGCGGACGACCCUAACGUCAUAUACUUUGGCCCCGGGGUUCACAACGUCACAGGCGGAACUACAAAUGUCGCCUCUGGUAAAAGGGUAUAUGUGGCGGGCGGUGCGGUAGUCACAUCGACGUUCGCUUUUCAAAAUGUCUCAAACGCGUCCAUCAGCGGUCGCGGAGUGGUGAACCAUUCCAAAGCAGGAGCGCUCCUGGUAGAGUCAUCAAAGAACAUCACGGUGGAGGACAUCAUCUUCCUGAAUCCGAAUGGUUAUACUCUCACGGCUGGCGAGGCUGAUGGUUUGACCGUCAAGAAUAUCCGAUCAUUCAGCUCCAUUGGGUGGGGUGACGGCCUGGACUUCUUUUGUAGCAAGAACGUCGUGGUUGAUGGUGUCUUCAUGCGCAACUCAGACGACUGCGUGGCUUUGUACCAGCAUCGAUGGAAUUAUUAUGGCAAUUCCAGCAACAUCACGAUCCAGAACGCAGCCCUGUGGGCGGAUGUGGCUCACCCGAUCAACAUUGGUACUCAUGGAAACUCCGAAAGCCCCGAGACCAUGGACGGCAUCACAAUCCGGAAUGUCGACAUCCUCCGCCAACACGAGGCCCAGCAGCUCUAUCAAGGCAGCCUGGCAAUCAAUGUGGGCGAUGAAAACCUAGUUAAAAAUGUUCUGAUAGAUGGCUUCCGCGUGGAAGACAUCGCCAUCGGCCAACUCAUCAAUAUGCGAGUGAUGUACAACACAAAGUACAAUACGGCGCCAGGUAGAGGUAUUCGCAACGUCACUAUUAAGAACAUGAGCUACAAUGGGACUAGCGCGGGCACGUCUAUCUUUUCGGGUUAUGAUGAGUCGCGCGCAAUCUCGUUCAUCAACUUCCAAAAUCUGAUCGUCAACCACACUCGUAUUGCGGACAAUAUGUACAAGCCAGGCUGGUACCUUACAACAGACUACAUUCCGGCAUUCGCCAACUCAUUUGUUUCAAACAUGACCUUCACAUAG